GCCCCGUCCGCGAGAGCGCGCGCGCGCGCGUGUGUGUGUGUGUGUGUGUGAGUUUCUUUCCGUCUGUCUGUGUGAGUGUGUGUUUGACGCUGCGUCCCCGGAGUGCCCCUGAAGCCGGCCACAUUAACGCCGUGCAGGCCGCCAUGGCGGUGUUCGGCCGCGCGUCCGACGGAGGCGGCCAGGCUGUUCUCGCAGUGCACCAGCGCGCCUAACUCUCCGGCGGACUUCGAGCACAUCCACUCCACCAUGAGCGAGGAGCACCUCUACCUCUACGUGCACCUGCUGCUGGCCGGCGUGCUGUCCCCUCACGGCGUGUUCCCACUGUCGGUGCGCGUGAGGGUGCCACCGUUCAAGCAGCGCGGCGAGGACGCCGUGCUGCACUGCCAGUACGACAUGGAGUCGCCCGAGCUCUACUCGGUGCAGUGGUACAAGGACAACGAGGAGUUCUUCCGGUACAAGCCGCGCUCCGACCCACAGAAGCACCCCUUUAAGGACAUCGCCGGCGUCAAGGUCGAUAAUCCCCGCUCCAACAGCAAGCAAGUGACUCUGAAGCAGGUGUCCAUCCGAACCAGCGGCGUCUACCGGUGCGAGGUGUCUGGCGAGGCCCCGUACUUCCACUCGGCACACAGCGAGGGACGCAUGGAGGUCGUGUCCAUCCCCAAGGAGAACCCCACCAUCACCGGACCCGACCGCCAGUACCAGGUCGGCGACAACCUCGGGCUCAACUGCACCUCCGCCAAGUCGCACCCCGCCUCCAAGCUGCAGUGGUUCAUCAACGACAAGCCCGUGACGGAGCCCAGCCACCUGGAGGAGCACCCCCACGCCAAGCACGCGCACGGGCUGUACACCACCAUGCUGGGACUGCGCUUCACCAUCCGGCCGCACCACUUCCGCGACGGCUCCAUGGUGCUGCGCUGCGUGGCCACCGUGUCCACCGAGCUGUGGCGGUCGCACACCAAGCACGAGGUGGUCAACGACGACGACGCGCACGAGGCCCGGAUGCUGCAGAACCGCGAGGCCUUCUUCGAGUUGAAGGGCGGCGGCGGCGCGCGGACGGCCCCCGCGGCGCUGGCGCUGCUGCUGCUCGCCGCGGCCCUGCUCCGCCGCACGUGAAGACCCCCGAGAAGG